AUGGUGUGCGUCGCGUGUAUUAUACAGAUUGGUACUCGACGUGUUGCGACGACCUUCACAUCAUCAGCCAGAGCAAAGCGAACCAUGACUACGUCGAUCAACCAAGCAGUAGAGGCAAUCAGGUCGUUCGCCACAAGCGCACGGACAACAAGCCUGAAGGAUGGACCGCUCACAGAUGUGCCUCAGGCGCCGAAAGAUCCAAUGUUUGGAUUGAGUGCAGCAUAUCGCGCAGACACAUUCGAUCGCAAGGUAGACCUAGGCGUUGGAGCUUACCGCGACGAGAAUGCGAAGCCAUGGGUUCUGCCAGUGGUCAAGAAGGCCAAAGAAAUCUUGAACCAGAACCCAGAGCUCAACCACGAAUACCAGCCCAUCGCAGGUUUCCCAGAGUACACCGAAGCCUCACAACGCCUCGUGCUCGGCAAUAACUCCAAAGCAAUCCUCGAGCAACGCGCCAGAACAGUCCAAACAUUAUCUGGCACAGGAGCUCUCAGCCUCGCAGCCCGCUUCCUGGCAGCAUACUACCCCGACUCCUCCGCCAAACGUGUCUGGGUCUCUGAUCCUCCUUACGUCAACCACCUGCCAAUUAUGCAAAACGCAGGCCUCGAAACCGGCAUCUACCCCUACUACGCCUCCCAAACCAAGUCCCUAAACUUCACCGCGUGGCUAGACAAACUCCGCCAGAUCCCUGCCGAGUCCAUAAUCCUCCUCCACGCCUGCGCACACAACCCCACAGGCGUAGACCCCACUCACCGCCAAUGGGAACAAAUCGCCGAAGUCAUGAAGGAGAAACGACACACCCCCUUCUUCGACUCAGCGUAUCAAGGCUUCGCCUCUGGCAACCUCGACAACGACGCAUGGACGAUCCGCCACUUCGUCGAGCAAGACUUCGACACAGUGCUCAUCGCCCAAUCCUACGCGAAAAACUUCGGCCUCUACGGCGAACGAGCUGGAGCCCUGCACGUCGUAACCCUUAGCCCGGACCUCAGCCAAAGAAUCCUCAGCCAACUAACCCGACUCCAACGCGUCGAUAUCUCCACCCCACCUGCCUUCGGCGCCCGCAUUGUUGCUACAGUCCUGAACGACCCCAGACUCUUUGCGGAGUGGCAGGAUGAUUUGAGGACGAUGUCGGGACGGAUUAUUGAGAUGCGGCAAGCUCUUAGGGCGCAGAUUGAGAGGUUGGGAACGCCGGGAGGUUGGAGACAUGUUACCGAUCAGAGUGGGAUGUUUUGUUAUUCGGGGUUGAGUAAGGAGCAGGUGGGGGUGUUGAGGGAGGCGUAUCAUGUUUAUUUGACGGGGGAUGGGAGGGUUAGUGUUAGUGGGUUGAAUGGAAGUAACGUGGGAUAUGUGGCACAGGCGGUGAAGGAGGUGGUUAGUGGGGGGGGGGCGAAGCUGUAG